AUGGCAGGCACUUUCCUUUUCACUUCAGAGUCCGUGGGUGAGGGCCACCCAGACAAGAUCUGCGACCAGGUGUCGGAUGCGAUCCUGGACGCGUGUCUCGCGGAGGACCCGCUGUCCAAGGUUGCGUGCGAGACGGCAGCCAAGACCGGUAUGAUCAUGGUGUUCGGCGAGAUCACGACGCGCGCAAAGCUCGACUACCAGAAGAUCGUCAGAGAGACGAUCAAGAAGAUCGGGUACGACUCGUCGGACAAGGGGUUCGACUACAAGACGUGCAACGUGCUGGUGGCCGUGGAGCAGCAGUCGCCGGACAUCGCGCAGGGCCUGCACUACGAAAAGGCGAUCGAGGAGCUCGGCGCCGGUGACCAGGGUAUCAUGUUCGGGUAUGCGACCGACGAGACGCCGGAGCACCUGCCAUUGACCAUCCUGUUGGCACACAAGCUGAACAUGGCGAUGGCGGACGCGCGCAGAGACGGGUCGCUGCCAUGGUUGAGACCGGACACAAAGACGCAGGUGACCGUGGAGUACGAGGAUGACCACGGAAGGUGGAUCCCGCGGAGAAUCGACACGGUGGUUGUGUCCGCGCAACACGCGGAGGAGAUCUCGACCGCGGACUUGAGACAGGCGAUCAGGACCGAGAUCAUCGAGAAGGUGAUCCCCGCGGAGUUGCUCGACGAGAACACCAAGUACUACAUCCAGCCUUCGGGCAGAUUCGUGAUCGGCGGUCCGCAGGGUGACGCCGGUCUGACCGGCAGGAAGAUCAUCGUCGACGCGUACGGCGGUGCGUCUGCUGUCGGCGGCGGUGCGUUCUCCGGUAAGGACUACUCCAAGGUGGACCGUUCCGCGGCUUACGCGGCCAGAUGGGUCGCCAAGUCGCUGGUGGAGGCCGGGCUCGUCAAGAGGGUGCAGGUGCAGUUCUCGUACGCGAUCGGUAUCGCGGAGCCCUUGUCGCUCCAUGUGGACACGUACGGUACCGCGACCAAGUCGGACGAGGAGAUCAUCGAGAUCAUCAAGAAGAACUUCGACUUGAGACCGGGUGUGCUGGUCAGGGAACUGGACUUGGCCAGACCUAUCUACCUGCCAACCGCGUCGUACGGCCACUUCACCAACCAGGACUACCCAUGGGAAAAGCCAAAGAAGUUGGUUCUAUGA